CGAGAAAUAUGCAGAGUCAGUGUACGAGACGACAACUGACGUUUUGACUGGUGAUGAUAUUAAAUACGACACGUGCCUGCAAAACAUUGAGAAAUUAAUUACUGACAAUGAUGAAACGGAACGUUAUCCCCACAUGGUGAAGAUCGGCUACGGCAACGAGUCCUCCAUACACUGGGCGAGCAUUGGUACUCUGAUAAGUGAAAGAUAUGUCCUCACCUUUGCCCACAACUCUGAUUUUAAAAAAAAUGGGUCCGGCAAGAUGGGCACGCCUGGGAGAGCAAAGGACGGGCCCUGAGAGACCAUUCGUCCGUUACGAGAUCGUAGAAAAGAUAAGUCAUCCCAACUUCAAACUGCCCAGUGUCUACAACGACAUUGCCCUCUACAAACUUGAUAGAGAUGUGCAGUUCUCCCCCUUCAUACGACCCAUAUGUCUCCAGCCGGACCAUCAGUCCUCCAACAUUAGUGCCAUCGCUACUAGCUGGGAUAUAAAUUAUGACGGAGAAUUACUAGAUUCUCUGCAUGAAUUUCAUAUGGAUAUAAAACAAUGCAAUGAGACUCUUCCUCUAUCAACAAGCAUGAAAUUUCGGCUUAAGGAUGGAGAUAUGGAGGAUUUUAUAGUCUGUGCUUCAAGAAGGUAUUGUGCGAGACCAAGUAUUGUACCCGGUUCGCCUCUGCAGUUAAAACUUAAAAAUCCCUACUGCAUGUACAGUCAAGUUGGCGUCGCUUCCAUCGCUUCCUUCGGCAAGGGUUGUGUUGGAGAGGACGAUCUAGUGGUCUACACUCGCAUCUCGCAUUUCCUGCCUUGGAUACAGAGUAUAGUCUGGCCAUAGGGCUUAAGGCUUAGCAAUGUGUGUUGAUUUUAGGUUAACAUUAAUAAAAUCUGAAAGAAAAA